AAACUUCACCAAGAAAAAAAGAGACCACUUUCUCCUCCUCUGUCUUCUUCGUUUAAUGUAAAUUCUGAUCAUCCGAUUGGGCGGUGAAACAAUCUUAAAGAACUCCUAAAAGAGAAAGCCUUUUUUUAUUUAUUUUUCUUUUCUUUAAACGAAACAAAAGAAGAAAUUUUCCAUUUUUGUUUCGUCGAUGCUUUUUUGAAUCAACGUCGUUUUUGGCUUUUCUUCAUUCUCUCUGUUUCCUUUCAUGGGAAUAGUAAUUCACCUGCCAUGGCGAAAUUGACUUUCAAGGAUUCUCUUAAAGCUCUUGAAGCUGAUAUUCAACACGCUAAUACUCUAGCUUUAGAUUGUCCUCGAGAGAAGGAUGGAGCGCGUGUUCAGAUGAGAUUAUCUUACAGCCCGGCUGCUCAAUUUUUUCUUUUUCUUGUAAAAUGGACUGAUUGUCACCUUGCUGGUGCACUCGGUUUGCUUAGAGUCCUUAUCUAUAUGACUUAUGCCGAUGGAAAGACCACAAUGUCGGUUUAUGAAAGAAAAGCCAGUAUUAGAGAGUUCUACGCUGUGAUAUUCCCGUCGUUGUUACAACUACAAAGAGGUAUUACAGACCUAGAAGCCCGCAAACAGAAAGAAGUCUGCAAUAUGCGAUACAGAAAGAAAGAUGAGAGUGAAAAGUGUGAGCUCUCAAAGAUUGAUGUCGAGAGGGAAGAAGAAUGUGGAAUCUGUAUGGAGAUGAACAGCAUGGUCGUGCUGCCCAACUGUACUCAUUCUUUAUGCAUCAAGUGUUACCGCGAUUGGCGAGGGAGGUCACAGUCAUGCCCUUUCUGCAGAGACAACAUUAAAAGAGUAGACUCGGGUGAUCUCUGGAUGUUUUUGGACCAAACCGAUACAGUAAAUCUCACUGCGAUCGUGAGAGAGAAUCAGAAACGGUUGUUUGGUUACAUUGAGAAGCUACCGCUCAUGGUUCCAGAUCAAGCGUAUGCGUCUUCUCCUCAUGAUUGCCAUGUGAGGUGAAGAUGAAAAACCGGUUCUGGUUUGGGGGAAAAGGAGGUCUACUUUGUAUAUGUAUUAGAGUUAGUACAACUAGUCUGUCUCUUUCUUUUAUACCAUUAUAUCUUGGGAAAGUUCCCACUUACAACGUGCUUUUUGUGCAUUUGGCCGUGGUUUCCCACUUAUUUUAUAUGCUUCAAAGCUCUUGUAUUCUCUUCUUCAAGAAAAGGGUUACACUUAAAAUUCAUCCACAUUGAGUUUUGUAAAAUUGAUACUUUCCCACUCAAAAAAGUUAUCAUA